UGUUGCCGUUUAGCUGAGGGGUGGUCAGAGGAUAUUUGAACUUACAUUGUGGCAAUGUCUAUAGGCAAGUAGUGGCACUUAAAAAACACUGGAACAGAAAUGCCUCUGCCACGACGCCGAUCCUCUUUCCUGGGCCAAACUGCUGCCGAGCGGCCAGGCAGUGUGGGCCGUAUGAGUGCGGCAGGGACCGCCGCACCUCGGGGAGUGUUUGUAGGCAUGGUUCCCACAAGCAGCCUGGGUGCACGUGUUUCCCGCAGAGCUCUGGGCAUCAGCAGCGUGUUCUUGCAGGGACUUAGGAGCACCAGUGUCCCUAUGGUGACCCAGUAUGGAGACCGGGGCCACCCGUUUGGUUUUGACAGCCUCAACACCUGCCUGCUGGAGUACCGUGACAAAGUUCAUGCUCUGGAGCAACUUAACCUACAGCUUGAGGACCAGAUCAGACACUGUCUUGAUCGUAAUGCCACUAGUGCUGGAACAUGGAGUGGCCUGAAGCAAGACUGGGAGGAUGCCUAUAUACAGGUGAGUGAGGCCAUCUUGGACAACGCUCGUCUUAUGCUCCAGACUGAAAAUAUUCAAGCCAAUGCAGAGGACUUCAAAGACAGGUAUGAGAAUGAACAGCCGUUCCGCAAGGCAGUGGAGGAGGAGAUAAACUCACUGUACAAGGUCAUCGAUGACGCAAGCCUGACAAGGAUGGACCUGGAGAACCAGAUUGAAAGCAUGAAGAAUGAACUUAUGGAUGUGGAGCAAAGUCACAUAGAGGAUGUUAAAGUGCUUUAUAAGCAGAUGGCUGGGUGUGAGGUUGAUGAACCAGAUGCUCCCAUGGAGACCAGUCUGGACCAGAUUCUAGCUUUCAUCCGCUCUCACUGGGAAAGGGUUGUUGAGAAGAACCGUGCUGAGACUGAUGCUUACCUUGAGUGCAAGGCUGACAGUGUGAACAGUAAGCUCAGUCAAGAAGAGGAAGAACUUGAGUGCCUGAAGACAGAGUGCAAUGACGCGGGGUGCAAGAUUCAGAGUCUACAGGCUGAGACCGAGUCUAUUAGAGCUUUGAAACGAGGCCUGGAGAAUGCCCUUAAUGAUGCCAAGCACUGGCACGACAUUGAGCUGCAAAAUCUGAGCUCUGUUAUUGCGAAGCUGGAGGCAGAGCUCACAGAUGUCCGUGGGGAAAUUGAGCAGCAACAACAUGACCAUGAAACUUUACUCAACAACAAGAUGAGGCUGGAGCUGGAAAUCGGAACAUAUCAUGGAAUCCUGGAUGGAGAAGAGAGCAGAUUCUACUCCUCAGCGUUCCCAAGUGGUUCUUCAGUACCUGAGGGACGAAUUCAGCCUUCCACCUCUGGACCACAGGAUGAAGGUUCUAAUGCUCCAGGCGCUCCAGAAGAACAAAAGAGUGAAUAAAAAAUGUUCCAAAGCAUUUUGAAAGAAGCUUGAUUUACAUUUGUUUCUCUUCACUUGUUAUUUAUGUAGUGUAUAGACUACAUACCUUACAUUUAUAAGUUAAGAAAUAAAGAAAACUAUUUCAUAUGGCA